AUGCAACCAACAUGUGGGGACAGAUUGGUCCAUACGCUGUUUCAAGAGCAUGUUAGGAGCCGUCCAAAUGCGCCAGCCAUUUGGGAUUGGGAUUACCGCUUCACAUACCGAGAGCUCGACCAUCUCUCGUCUCGACUUGCCAGCCAUCUUUCUUCCGUCGGAGUCGGCCCCGAUGUCAUCGUGCCAAUCCUCAGCGACCAGUCGGCCUUGGGCAUAGCGGCCAUGUUGGCAGUAUCCAAAGCCGGCGGCGCUUUUGCUGCGCUGGACACGAAUAAUCCAGAGGAAAGACUGGAAGAGAUGAUCAAAGAUACCCAAGCCACUACGCUCCUGGUCUCACCAACUCAGAGCACUCAGUUCUCCGAGAUUCCAGGUCUUUCAACUGUGGAAAUCGAAAGCUUCGUCCGCACCGCAUCCCCUGAGUCUGCACCUCCGCAGUGCAACGCCUCACCCAGUGACCUUAUGUACACUAUCUGGACAUCGGGCAGCACGGGCCGGCCCAAAGGCGUCAUGGUCCCGCACCGCGCCUUCUUAACAAGUGCCCUCGCGUACGGCGCGGACCAGGGCAUCACCUUCAGGUCGCGUGUCCUGCAGUUUGCAUCAUAUGCCUUUGACAUGUCCAUCAUGGAGAUCUUCACAACCUUGAUCUUUGGCGGUUGUGUUUGCGUGCCAGGAGACCAGGAACGCUUUGGUGGCAUUACCGACUUUGUCAACCGCACCGGAGUGAACACAUUGUAUCUAACGCCCUCCUACACGCAACUGUUGGACCCAGUCGACAUGCCUAGCGUCACGACGCUCGUUGUUGGUGGGGAAGCGGUUCCGAGCAGUCUGGUUGAGAAGUGGAGCUCGCAUGUCGGCGUCUACAUUGCGUACGGACUAACAGAAACAGCCAUCCAGGCCGCGGGUGGCUGGGCAGAUGCAACGGCACCUGUGACGGGCCUCAUCGGGCGUCCAACUGGCUGCCGUGUCAGCAUUGUAAGCGAAAAUGACCACAACGAACUGGUGCGCACGGGAGAAACAGGUGAGCUGCUGAUUGAAGGCCCCACUCUUGCCCGUGGCUAUCUAGGCGACGACGAGCAGACAAAGGCCUCAUUUGUAUACUUGUCUGAGAGCCGACGAGCUUACAAAACCGGCGACUUGGUCCACCAGGCUCCUGACGGCAACAUCAUCUAUGAAGGUCGCAAAGACACCCAGAUCAAGAUACGAGGUAUACGUUUUGAGCUCACCGAGAUCGAAGCAAACCUUUCCAGAGUUUUGUCUCCCGACUCUAAGAUUUGCGUUGAAAUGGUUGAGAUCGCAAGCCAGCCUCGUCUUGCGGUCUUUUUCGGCACCGAGGUCCGCACGAGCGGCCCUUAUAUUUCUCCUGCGGUUUGUUGGCACAAAGUCGAGAAUGUUCUGGCUCAGGCUCCACGAAUCAGGGAAAAUCUUGCCAAGGUGCUUCCGGCAUCUGCUAUUCCGUCUCUUUACAUCCCAAUCGCGUUCAUCCCGUUAACAUCAGCCACAAAGGUAGACAGAAGGAAGCUAAGAGAGAUUCUCGAAGAUCUCACCAUCAGUGAGGUGCAAAUGCUGCAAAGCUCAGCAAAAUCGCGACAAGCUACUAGGCCCUGGUCUGCUGGCGAGUCCACUAUGCGCGAAUUAUGGGCAUUGGUCCUCAACCGGGAGCCUGAGUCGAUAAGGCAGUACGACAACUUCAUCCAACUGGGCGGCGACUCCAUCACGAGCAUCAGAUUGGUGUCAGCCGCUCGCGAACGAGGACUGGCCCUUACAUCCUCAUUGAUACUUUCAACACCGGUCUUGAGUGAUCUGGCGGAAAAGGCGGUCCCCGAGAGCGAGCCAGAGAGCAUUGAGCCAUUCAUGCUGGUACCGGGCGUAUCACCCGAAAACCUACCCAUUGAAGAUGAGGUCGAAGACAUCUUGCCAAUGACAACGAACCAGAUGCGUUGGUAUUCCAAGACAUUGGUUAAGCCAGAUGCGUGGCUGGAUCAACAUCAUUUCCGUCUCCCACCUGACGUCGACCUUGUCCGGUUUACCAAGGCACUGAACCACACCAUUGCGGCUGCAGAAUUGUUGCGGGCAAGAGUGGUGGUGGUAGCAGGUCCUGAAAGAAAACUUCUGCAAGCCAUUAUUAAAUUCCAUCCCGUAGUACCGGCAGUUAUCAACGACACUUUGGAAACCUACCUGAAACAAGACCUUCAGAAUCCAAUGGGCCUUGGAGCGCCACUUAGCCGCUACGCCAUUGUAAGAGAACCCGAUUCAUCCCAAAUCUUUGUCUGGACACUGCAUCAUGCCAUCUACGACGGUUACUCCAUCGCCAUGCUGUUGCAGACCAUUGACGACUUUUACCAUGGCAAACACCCUGCACCAUUCACACCUUUUAAUCGCUACCUAAUGGGUCCAAGCGAGAAGGAAAUUGCCCAGGGCGAGACUUUCUGGAAGGCCUACCUUGGGGAAUCAUCAUCCUGGGCUGCAUUCCCUUCACUGCCUCCCCCCGAGGAGAAGCGCGCACCAUGCAUGCAGCAAUUUUUGUGGACAAUGAGCUUGUUCCCCUCCCCUGCAUCAGCCAUCACAGCCGGGACCGUAAUCCGCGUCGCCUACGCCACAGCUCUUUCCAUCCACUCCACCAACACGCUCACCAACAACGACAACAGCGUCCUCUUCCUCGAGACCCUCGGCGGAAGAAACUCCACCCUUCCAGGCAUCGAGCGCAUAGUCGGGCCCACUCUCCUCACCUGCGCUACAAAACUGCGCCCGUUCUCUGCGUCCGAGCCCCGCAGCCAUGUCCUGGCCGACGCGCAGACUUCGCUCAUCGCGCGCAUCCAGCACGAGAAUUUCCCGCUGCCGCGCCUCCUGCCCCUUCUUCCGCGCCUUGAAUUACGCUCUCUGCUCAUGAUCGAGGAUGCGGACACUUUCCUUGCGACAAGGCCGGAUGGCUACUUAUUUGGAGAUGGCACCUCCGUGUUGAGACUGGAUGAGGGAGAUGCGAUGCCUGUGAUUUUCAGAUGUACGAUUCGUGGGGAUGUGAUAGAUGUUGAUGUGAGGUUCGAUGAGUGUGUGAUUGGGCGUAAGGAGGUUGAGGCAUUUGUGGAGACUUUUCUGGCAGAAGUGGAUGGAGAUAUGUAAUCAUGUGUGCCUAUGCGCAUGGAUGCUUGAGAACUGAAGCAAGGGUUAUAUACUGCUCUAACUGAGAACUGUCUUAUUAGAACACGACAUAGUUAUCUGUGAGGUUUUAGUUACAACGUACAAAAAGCCGAAGAAUUAACACUUGUCCCGAGC